AUGGGUCAUGACAGAAACUCCCAGGCAGAACCCAUCAAAACCCUUAUAGACUCCGGCGCUACCUCCAAUUUCAUAUCCCCCGCUCUAGUAGAAAAACUCAAAAUCCCAAAAACCCUACUCAAAAACCCACAAGUAGUGAGAAUGUUAGAUGGUACAAUAUCUCAGACUGGUCGCAUAUGGCACCAGGUUCAACUUGCAGUCUUGGCCAACGGCCAUUUCCACCACAUUCCUUUUCUUGUUUGCCCCAUUGGUAACACCCCGGCUAUCCUUGGCAUGACAUGGCUCACAUUGGAAUCCCCCUUGAUUGACUGGCAACAGGGACUUGUCACGUUUCCUGAACAGGCCCUAAUAGCAUCCGAAGAAGAAGCAGAUAUCAACCCAUUAGCUGACCUUCCGGGACAGUACCAUGAAUUCGCUAAGGUCUUUGGGGAAGAAGAGUUCAAAGUCUUACCCCCCCAUAGGGAAUACGAUAUAGCUAUUGAUUUAUUACCGGAUGCCAAACUUUCACCUGGUCCAAUUUAUGGCAUGACUGACGCAGAAUCCAAGGCGCUGAAACAACACAUUGAUGAGGAGCUAGCAACAGGCAAGAUCCGCCCUAGUACCUCCUCGGCAGGUGCCCCAGUCAUGUUUGUGAAAAAAGCAGACGGAUCCCUCAGGCUAGUUGUUGAUUAUAGAAAGCUGAAUGACGUCACCCAUAAAAACGUAUAUCCUUUACCAAGGCAGGACAAUCUCAUGGCUAAACUUAGGCAUGCCAAAGUCUUCACUAAACUGGACCUACGCUGGGGGUAUAAUAAUGUUCGAAUCAAGGAAGGUGAUGAAUGGAAAACGGCCUUCAGAACCAAAUAUGGCCUAUUCGAAUACCUAGUUAUGCCUUUUGAAAGACCUGAGGACCAUCCAACCCACGUCAGGGAAGUCCUAUCACGCCUAUUGAAGAACCAGUUGUUCUGCAAGCUGUCCAAAUGUCACUUCCACGUUACCACCGUAGAUUAUCUAGGAAUUGUCAUCUCACCUGCAGGCUUCUCAAUGGAUCAAAAGAAGAUAGAAGCCGUCACUUCCUGGCCACACCCAGAACAGUCAAGCAACUCGGUUGCACGCCCCCUCCACAACCUCACCAAAAAGGAAACCCCCUGGUCAUGGGGUAACCUAGAGGAAGCAGCGUUCCAGGAACUGAAACUCCUUGUCACCCAGUCACUGGUCCUCAUCCAUUCCAACCCAAACCUACCCUAUUACUUGGAAACAGAUGCAUCGGGAGUAGCUAUGGGCGCCAUACUAAGCCAGAGGGGACCAGACAAUCAAUUACACCCUAUUGCCUAUAUGUCUAAGUUGUUCUCAGGGGCAGAGGCAAACUAUGACACCCACAACAAGGAACUUCUGGCCAUCAUCAAAGCCCUAGAGGAAUGGCGUAUCUUCUUAGAAGCAACAGACAAACCCAUACAGGCCAGAACCUUCAAUUGCAGACAUGCCCAAUGGCGCAUAUUCUUGAGCAACUUUAACUUUGAGAUCCACUACCAACCAGGGAAACAGUUGGGUAAGCCAGAUGCAUUGUCCAGACGGGCAGACUAUGUCAACAACCCCUCAGAACCAGAAGUCAUGCUCCCCGCAGAAGUCUUUGCCAACACGUCAGAAGAAGAACUGGAAAUUGUCACGGAGAUCCGCACCAAGCUUAGGGAAGACCCAUCCCUUGAGUCCAUUAUCCAGUUCCUCACAGAAGACGCGGACAACGCUCCUCCUUCCAUUCGUAAGGCAUAUAGAGAUUAUGACUGGGAAGAAGACCUCCUCUGGUAUCGUGGUAAACUAGUUGUCCCAGACUCAGAAGCCCUAAAGGAACAACUACUCAAAGAAUUCCACGACUCACCCCUGGCAGGGCACCCUGGACAGCAAAGAACCCUAGAACUCCUGAGCUGUAAUUACUGGUGGCCAGGAAUGAAGUCAUCCGCCAAGGAAUGGCCCUUAGAAGUUCCUCCCUUCCCGUUCCACACAAUAUCCUACAAUUUUAUUACCGGUUUUCCUAAGUCACAGGGCCACAAUGCUAUCUUAGUGGUAAUUGAUUCAUUCUCCAAGUUUGGGCAUUUCAUCCCCACUUCUAAGAAGGUUACCGCCAAAGGACUUGCAGACCUAUUCAUCACCCAUGUAUGGAAACUUCAUGGAUUACCGGUCAAAACAAUCUCUGACCGCGGAACUACCUUCACCGGGAAAUUCUUAAGGGCCCUCUACCAACGGCUUGGAGUCAAACCAGCGUUUUCCUCUGCGUACCACCCUGAAUCAGACGGACAGACAGAAAGAGUGAACCAGUUUAUUGAGUUUUACCUACGCUCCUACGUAGCCGCUGAUCAUUCGGACUGGGCCACUUGGUUGCCUUUGGCUGAGUACGCUUACAACAACGCCAAACAUGCGGCAACCGGGAAAACGCCCUUUGAACUUGUCUAUGGACAAAACCCGGUAAUGAACCCCUCCAACAUCCCAGCCAACGUCCCAGAAGCAGAUGCAGUGGCAGACACACUAGCCCAAGAAUGGAAAGAAGCCGAAUCAGCCCUCAGAAUGAGCAAAGAACAGAUGGCCAGGGACAAAGGAAUAAUACCGGAGUAUUCAGUAGGCAAAAAAGUCUGGCUAGAUGGGAAGAACGUAGAACUGUCGUACACCACUGUAAUGACCAAUUCAAAUAAGCUGGACCCUAAACAACUUGGCCCCUUCAAAAUCAUCAAGAAGGUCUCCAGCCACGCCUACCGCCUAGAGUUACCGGAAACCUUGAAGAUCCAUGACGUCUUUUACAUUGGGUUAAUCUCCAGAGUCCAUGAAUCCCCAAACCAGCCAUUCCCGGAACGACCCCCCCCUGAAACAAUAGAGGGAGAAGAGGAAUACGAGGUUGAGCAAAUCAUUGACUCCAAGCGACAACAGGGUUACGGUCCAGAAGACAACUCCUGGGAGCCCGAGGAACUACUAAAACACAGCCAGGAAGAGAUCAAGCGCUUCAACCAGGCUAGACUCAGAAAGGCUCGUGACGCCGCCAAAAGCCUUUAA